ACGAAGCAAAGUGUCACUGGCACAAGCAAGUUCAUGCAAACUGCAUACAAACCCCUCAGAAAUGGCCUCAGACGAUGCAUAUAAAGUGCACUCUCUGAAGGGGAAAGUGACCCUGAUAACGGGAGCCAGCUCAGGCAUUGGGGCAGGUACGAGCGUCCUCUUCGCCAAACUCGGAGCUCUGCUGGCUCUCAACGGCCGCGACGUGGAAAACCUCAGUAAAAUAGCCAAACAAUGCACCGACUGUGGAGCUGCCGAGCCUUUGCUUGUUCCCGGAGACCUGACUGAUGAGGAGACGGUAAAGAAGUCAGUGGAGCAGACCAUCGCUCACUUCGGCCGGCUGGACGUCCUGGUUAACAGCGCGGGUAUCCUGGCCAUGGGCAGCAUCGAGACGACAAACCUAGCCCAGUAUGACAAGGUCAUGAAUAUCAAUGUGAGAUCUGUGUACCAUCUGACUCAACUUUGUGUGCCCCACUUGAUCAAGACCAAAGGCUGUGUCGUCAAUGUGUCCAGUGUCAAUGGACAGAGAUCAUUCCCCGGUGUGCUGGCCUAUUGCAUGUCCAAGUCUGCCAUUGACCAGUUCACACGCUGUGUAGCACUUGAGCUGGCAGAAAAGCAAGUCAGAGUGAACUCAGUCUGCCCGGGUGUGAUCAUCACAGAUGUCCACAAGAGAGCAGGACUGGAUGAGGAGCAGUACGCUCAGUUCCUUGCAAAGUGUAAGACGACCCACGCCCUCGGUCGACCAGGUGAGGUGGAGGAAGUGGCGCACAGCAUCGCCUUCCUGGCGUCCGACGCUGCCAGCUUCAUUACUGGAGUCAACCUACCUAUUGAUGGAGGUCGCCAUGCCAUGUGCCCAAGAUAAGACCGUGUAUUUUAAUAUACAGCAGUCUGUUAAUAUAGUGCUUUCAAACUCUAUAAAGUCUGUCCGUGUUUUUGUGCAGUCGACUGAAUCGCCCUAUUUCCACAAAACUUAGACAGAGGAGAAAAGUUUUGUAGAAAAAAGAAAACAUUACUUCAAGGACACAAUUUUUCUCCAUGUUUACAAUGGUAGUAACUGUCAGGACUUGACGGUUUCCAGGUGUGAAAUGAAGAGAAGGAAGCUAAAAUGGCACUGUCACAAGUAGGCAGUUUAAAUGCAUUUUAUUAUCUCGCUUUGCUAUGAAGUUUUCUUUGAUGAAUAAA